AUGGCAGAGCUGUGGUGGCAUAUACCUCUGACUGUAGUGGCCUUGCUGCUGGUGGCUCCCAGGGUUCCCUUGAAACCCACCCAAGGGAGGAGGAAGGUGAUAGCACAAAAGGUCAGCCAGCUGAUGGACUGGACCAAGAAAAACAGAGUAAUAAGAAUGAGUGACUUCAUGUGCCAUCGUUUCAUACUAGAUCCACCAAGAAACUACUAUGUUAUUGUGAUGUUUACUGCUCUCCAGGAAUUUAGACUGUGUGGAAAUUGCAAACAAGCUGCUGAAGAAUUUCAGAUCUUGGCAAAUUCCUGGGAACACCUUGGGGCAUUCAACAAGAUAUUUUUUGCUAUGGUGGAUUAUGAUGAAUGCCCUAAGGUCUUUGGAAUGUUCCAAGUGAAGUCAGUUCCAACUUUCCUCCACUUUCCAGCAAAAAGGCAAUUUACAGUAGACGACAUUUAUUGUUUGAAAGAAAGGGGUAUCGGAGCUGAGCAGAUAGCUGAAUGGGUAGUGGAGAGAACAAACGUCAGCAUCAGAAUCCGACGGCCUGCAAGUUAUCAUGAUCUCUUCAUGUUGGGGAUACUUUUGGCUCUCAUUGGUGGACUUGUGUAUUUACUGAAAUGGAACAGGAAAUUUAUUUUUAGCAAAACGUUUUGGGCAGUUUUUGCUCUUUGUUUUGUGACUGUGAUGACAGCUGGUGAAAUGUGGACUCGUAUUGAAGCAGCACCAUACGCUGAAAGGAAUCCUCACACAGGACAGAUGCAUUACAUCCACAGAAUGUAUUACUCUCAGUUUGUAGGAGAAACAUACAUCAUUUCUCUGCUUAACAUGUGCAUAACCCUGGGAAUGGUGAUCUUAGAUAAAGCUGCCACAUCUCGCAUGAACUUUCUAAAGAGGAAGAUGAUGUGUAUGAUCGUGUGCCGGUUUGAAUGUAUUGUGUCCCCCAAAUGCCAUUAU